AUGAGAAAUCCCCCACCAGAGGUGUAUCUAUCAUGGCCUGCGCCAAACUACGUGGACCCAGAAACACGUGGGCCGAUGCUAAUUGUUGUCCCUGCCGUCCUGGUCGUCAUUUCAUUUCUGAUUGUUGUAUUGAGGCUGUAUACCCGGUUUGUGCUUAUCAGGUCCCCCGGGCCGGAUGAUUGGUUAAUUGGUGCCUCUACUGUAAGUCCAAAAACCGCUCCGAUUGCUUGUUUAGCUAGCCGGCGGAGUUGGGACCGACGGGGGGAGUUGAGAUUGGGAUAGGGAAAUGGGGAUUCUGAUUGGUGAGACAGUGCACGUCAAUCGCCUUGGCUGCAUUGACUGUUAACGGUUUGUUCUCUUCUACUCGUCUGCCACUAUAGUUAGACAGAGACCUGAGCUCUUGGUGUACUCCUAUAGCAACGAGAUAUGGAUGGGGACUCCACAUCUGGGAUAAUAGGCCAGAGUGGUAUUCGGAUUCACGACUAGUAAGCCUUCCCCCCAUCCGGCGGAAGCGCUCACAGAAAUACAUAAUACUAACAAUAUAGUAGCUCAGUUGGCUCUGCCAGAUCACGUUCCUCGUCAACUCCGGCCUCAUAAAGUCUUCAAUACUGCUCUCGUAUCUACGAAUUGCCCCAAACAAAUGUUUCCGAUACUCAGUGUAUGUAUCCUUAUUUUUUGUUGCUGGCUAUGCCGUUGGUGUUGGGGUAGCAAUUAUUUUUACCUGCAGGUACUUCUCACCUAACCCGUUAAAUAAACCACCCCCACGAGCUAGCGCAAUAAGCUAAUUCAGUGAUAGCCCUGUUCACGGCUACUGGGACAACACCGUAAAAUCAAAAUGCGUCAAGGACAGUGUCAUGCUACUCACAGGGUCGAUCAUCAACACUAGUUCAGACUUCUGGGUCGCAUUUCUGCCCGCGCCGAUGCUGAUGAGAGUCUGGUUGCCUGUCCGGCAGAAGAUCAUAUUAGUCUUUUUGUUUGGAUUUGCAGGAUUGUUCGUGCUCCCAAUAUCUCGCUCAUGGGAACUAGGUCACUGACAAAACAGAUAUAGAGUCUGUAUAGCGGGAGCUUACCGCACCAUAACACUCCACAAAACCAUGUUCGGGACCUAUGACGUUACCUGUACCCCUUCCUUUCCUUCCUUCCCUUUCACUCUACGAAAAGUUAACAAUCCCAGGGUACGGCGCUUUAACAUUGAUCUGGGGGGCCGUCGAAACCGACAUUGGCAUUGCUACCGCCUCUAUCCCAGCGCUGCGCCCGCUUCUCCACCACUACUUUCCAUACAUGCUAGGCACCAAUAGAUCGGCAGAUUACGAUUACGGUAGCCGCGGCGCCGGGGCCUACCAACUCAGGCCCCCGAACAAGAAGCCCCAAAAUUUCAGUCUUUACCCACUCUCGACCAUUGGUGGUGGACCAGGUCCAGAAAGUCAGGACCGGAUCGCGGGAGCGGAGGAAGGGCGCGGCGGGCUGGGUCACAGAGGAUCCGUCGAGAGCAACAGUGGAACAACGUGUGAGGAUAAGGAUAGCCGAGCAGGCGUGGAUAGUCUCCGGGAUGCACCCGCGAAGGCUAUCAGCGGGGUUUGA